AUGGCGGACGGGGACGAGCAUGAGCAUGGCGCGCCGGGCCGGCUGGAGAGCAUCCUGACGGACUCGUCGGCGCCCCUGGCGGGGCGCGUGUGGGCGGCGGGGGCGAUCGAGCUCGGCAUGCUCUUGCGGCUGGCGGCGCCGGCGGUGGUCAUGUACAUGAUCAACUACCUCAUGUCCAUGUCCACGCAGAUCUUCUCCGGCCACCUCGGGAGCCUGGAGCUCGCCGCCGCCUCCCUCGGCAACACCGGCGUCCAGAUGUUCGCCUACGGCCUCAUGCUGGGCAUGGGUAGCGCAGUGGAGACCCUGUGCGGACAAGCCUUCGGUGCGCACAAGUACGACAUGCUCGGAACCUACCUCCAACGCUCCGCCGUGCUCCUCUGCUGCACCGGCAUACCGCUCGCCGCGAUCUACGCCUUCUCGGAGCCACUCCUCGUGCUAUUAGGACAGUCACCGGAGAUCGCCCACGCCGCGUCCAUCUUCGUCUACGGCCUCAUCCCUCAGAUCUUCGCGUACGCCAUCAACUUCCCGAUCCAGAAGUUCAUGCAGGCACAGAGCAUCGUCCUGCCCAGCGCCUACAUCUCCACGGGCACGCUCGUGCUGCACUUGCUGCUCAGCUGGGUCGUCGUCUACAAGGCCGGCCUCGGCCUGCUCGGCGCCUCGCUGGUGCUCAGCCUGAGCUGGUGGAUCAUCGUCGCAGCGCAGUUCGCGUACAUCGCCGUGAGCCCGACCUGCCGGGAGACGUGGACCGGGUUCACCUGGCAGGCCUUCUCCGGCUUGCCGGCCUUCCUCAAGCUCUCCGCCGCGUCUGCUGUCAUGUUGUGCCUGGAGACGUGGUACUUUCAGAUCCUGGUGCUCAUUGCUGGCUUGCUCCCCAACCCUGAGAUUGCUCUGGAUUCCCUUUCUGUGUGCAUGACAAUCUCCGGUUGGGUGUUCAUGAUCUCAGUAGGUUUCAACGCCGCCGCAAGUGUAAGAGUUAGCAAUGAGCUUGGUGCCGGCAACCCCAAGUCAGCAUUUUUCUCAGUGUGGGUCGUCACUUCGCUCUGUGCAGCCAUCUCUGUUGUCUUUGCCAUUGUGAUGCUCUGCCUACGCAACCACAUCAGCUACUUGUUCACAGAGAGUGAAAUAGUUUCCGACGCGGUGGCGGAUCUCUGCCCGCUCCUCGCCAUCACACUCAUUCUCAAUGGCAUACAACCUGUACUAUCAGGUGUUGCUGUUGGAUGUGGAUGGCAACAAUUUGUUGCAUACGUGAACAUUGGUUGUUACUACAUCGUAGGCGUACCCCUUGGAAUUGUUCUCGGUUUUGUCUUCAACCUCGGCGUAAAGGGCAUUUGGGGUGGCAUGAUUGGAGGAACGACUAUGCAGACGGCCAUUCUAUUGUGGGUCACCAUCAGAACCGAUUGGAGCAAAGAGGUUGAGGAAGCGCAUAAAAGAUUGAACAAGUGGGAUGAUACCAAGAAACAGCCCCUCCUUACGGCGGCCACGGAUAAUAGCUAA